UUUGUGGAGCUGCAGAAUUACAGAGAAACAGUGUCUCAUCCUGACUUCAGCUCUGAAAUCAAACCCAUCACACCUGAGAGAACUGAACCUGAAUUGGAAUAAACUAGGAGACUCUGGAGUGAAAAACCUCAGUGAUCUACUGAUGAACACACAAUUCAAGCUGGAAAAACUACAGUUAAGCUGCUGUGAAAUGACAGAUGAAGGUUGUUCUGCUGUGACUUCAGCUCUGAAAUCAAACCCAUCACACCUGAGAGAACUGAACCUGAGUGAGAAUAAACUAGGAGACUCUGGAGUGAAAAACCUCAGUGAUCUACUGAUGAACACACAAUGCAAGCUGGAGAAACUAGAGUUAAGCAGCUGUGAAAUGACAGAUGAAGGUUGUUCUGCUGUGACUUCAGCUCUGAAAUCAAACCCAUCACACCUGAGAGAACUGAACCUGAGCUGGAAUAAACUAGGAGACUCUGGAGUGAAAAACCUCAGUGAUCUACUGAUGAACACACAAUUCAAGCUGGAGAAACUAGAUCUGUUUGGAUGCAGUAUUACAGAGGAACAGUGUCUCAUCCUGACUUCAGCUCUGAAAUCAAACCCAUCACACCUGAGAGAACUGAACCUGAGCAGGAAUAAACUAGGAGACUCUGGAGUGAAAAACCUCAGUGAUCUACUGAUGAACACACAAUUCAAGCUGAAGAAACUACAUCUGUAUGAUUGCAGUGUUACAGAGAAACAGUGUCUCAUCCUGACUUCAGCUCUGAAAUCAAACCCAUCACGCCUGAGAGAACUGGACCUGAGUAUGAAUCAAAUAAAAAACACGGGAGUGAAUCACUUAUGUGACAUACUGAAGGAUUCACACUGUAAACUGGAGAGAUUGAGUCUUUGUGACUGUGGAAUUACAGAUGUUUCUUCUUUAACUCAGUCCUUGACAAACACAAAAGCACUGCAGUUUCUAAAAUGGCUUGAUCUGAGUGCUAAUAUGAUUGGAGACUCAAAGCAGCAGCUCAUUGAUGUGCUACGAGACUCAAACUGUAAACUGAGUGUAGAUACAGAUCCAUCACCUGAAGUCCCUGAUAGAGUUCAAUUGCAAGAAAUACCUGUAGUUCAAUCACCAAAAGUCCCUGAUAGAGUUUAAUUGCAAGAAAUACCUGUAGUUCAAUCACCAAAAGUCCCUGAUAGAGUUCAAUCGCAAGAAAUACCUGUAGUUCAAUCACCAAAAGACGAUAAAUGCUGUAUAUCAUAAUGAAGGCAUCUUGAGAGGAGCAGUAAACAUCAAGUAAGGAUCCACAGAA